AUGGAUGAAACCAGGCAGGUUGGAGGACUCAGAUCAAACAAUCGCCUGAUCCCCUUCUUUCUCUCUGUCAUGGUCGCUUCUUUGAUGGAAGGACCCAGUGACUGCGCUCGCCCCAAUCUUGCGGAUUUGGAUGGAAUACGUUUCUUAAAGGCGUUCGAAGACGUGUUUGAAAGUAGUGCGAUUCGGCCCGUCCAGAAUUUCAGCCGCCCUCUAUACAUUAACCUCACCGUCAUCCUUCACGCCAUCCUGGGAGUGGAUGAGAAACAGGAGACUCUAACAACGUACAUAUGGAUUGAGCAGACCUGGUUCCACGAGUUCCUGAUGUGGGAACCAUCAGAAUUUGGUGGAAAGCGGUACGUGGCUCUUCCUGUGGACAAACUCUGGCUCCCAGAUACCUUCAUCACUGAAAUGGUUGAUGAGGAUAAGUCACCAAUGGCUCCGUAUCUCUACGUUCAUUACACGGGGAAGAUUAUCUAUGGAAAACCUCUGCGAAUUGUCAGCUCCUGCAAUCUCAACAUCCUAUACUUCCCCUUCGACAUUCAAAAGUGUUCCUUGUCAGCCAUGUCCAUCACAUUUUUCGACACUGACCUCAAAAUACAUCUCGAACAGACUUCAGAGGAUAUCACGUCAAUAUCCCAAAAGAUUAUUCAAACAAAAGGAGAGUGGGAAUUAAUCAAAGUGAACGCUGUAGAAGGAAGCCUUUCUGUAGAUGGACAAAGCUAUGAUAUUGUAUCCCUGGAGCUGACGAUGAAGCGAAGGCCUCUCUUCUACGUGGUAAACCUGCUGAUUCCCAGCUCUUUCCUGAUGCUAACCGACAUCCUCAGCUUCUAUCUUCCCACCCACAGCUUCGACCGGGCGUCGUUCAAGAUGACGCUGAUGCUCGGAUACUCAGUCUUCCUGCUCAUCGUGAAAGACCUGCUCCCCAACAAUUCUGCCGGCACCCCAUUAAUAGCCAUUUACUUUGUGGUGUGUCUGACCUUCAUGGCAGUCAGCCUGAUAGAGACCAUCUUCAUCAUCAAUAUCGUUCACGAAAAGACGAACCAGAGCAGAGCCAUUCCCAAGUGGGUCAGGGUGACAGUUCUCCAUUACAUGGCAAAGGUGUUCUGCCAGAGGGUGAGGGAGCCGUUAUAUCAGUCGGUGCCGACUGACAUUCCCAUCGUCAGCGUGGCCAAACAAGGUUGCGAGGACCACACGUCUGAGCUUUGCAGCUCACCUCAACUGCUCACCCUCCAGUCGCUGCUCAGAAAGAUUGCAGAGGAUGUGGAAGGUAUAAAGCAACACCUGGACCAGCGCAGCCAAGAGCAAGGACUGAAGCACGAGUGGAUCAGGAUCGGGCACAUCCUGGACUGCUUCCUCCAGUCCAUUUACGUGUUAUCCUUUGUUAUCUUCGCACUAACCCUCACUGGCACCUGGGUCAUGUAA